UCUGAUUUCUCAACAUAAUAUUUUUCUUUACUCUUCUGUGGAUUUAAAAGAAAGUUCCGAAUUUCCACCGGCAGCAAUAUUUAUUAGUAUAUUCGAGCUAAAUAAGAAAUGCAAAGAUAUAUUAGCAUUUUUGGACGACUUCUAGCUAGAGAAAUUGUACAUAAGAAUUUGCAUGGGGUUGCUGUGAAAAAUUCAGUUUCAAAUUUCCUAUUUAAAAAUGUCACCAAUAUUAGGUGUUAUAGUGAAGCCCCCUCGGCCUCUUUCACAGAGUCUACCAUAGCAAAUCGAAGGCAAAAUAAUACUUUUAGAAAAAAAAACUUUGAUCUACAUGAUUUAAUCAAUCACAUCAACAAUGGAAAAGUUUUUUAUUUAAAGCAACUUAGCAAUGUUUUUCAUACAAUUGAAUUUGAUAAGCUCAAAUCUGAUGAAGCAGUUUUGCUAUUAAAACACUGUGGAUCAGAGGUACCAGACUCCUCCCGAUUGCAAAGAAAUGCUGUAUGUCAAGACAUAUUUGCGGGUUUGCAAAAGGCUGCCAAUCUCGAUACUGAAAUAUUUAACAGGUACAUACAAACCUGCACUGAAAACUCAAUUUCAAUCUAUAGCAAAGAAUUGCUACUAAUUAAAUGUGAAUUUAAUAAAGAAACUUAUAAAAUGUUAUUGGAUAAUGUUUGUCAGUAUGGUAAAAUUAAUGAUUCAUUUGAAAUUUUGGAAAUUAUGAAGACCAAAGGAAUCUCAUUAGAUAAUGAGACCUUGAAUAGUUUGAUAUUAGGACAAACUCUGAAUGGAGGUUUAAAAGCAGGCGAAGAAGUAAUGAGCACCUUAAAGACAGCUCAGAUAACAUAUAAUCAACAGGCUAUACUAUCUCUUUUUAUAGGCGUAAUAAGACGGAAAAACUUAAAAGAGUUGAAGAAAGCUUCAGAAAAAUAUUCUGUCGACUUAAAUGAAGAACAAUUUUUAUAUUUUAUUCUAGAAUUAGGAUUGAAUGGCUUGGAAUCUUUGUUGAAUGAAGUGCCUCAUUUUUAUAAACAUAUUUCGAUUACCAGGGAAUUACAGACAAAAAUAGAAAAAAUAUGUAUCCAUUUAGUUCAUAUGAAUCAGGUGUUAUCUGCAAUGAAUAUUUAUGAAAACUUUGUGGAGCCACAUCCUGACGUCCCAUAUGGAGCUGUGAUUCUAAAGGAAAUGUUGCAUUGUGAUAUUGAAAUAUCAGCUAUAAUAUCUAUAGCAAAAAGUUUAAUUGAAAAAAAGCUAAAUCUUUAUAUUUGCGAAUAUUUAACUGAACUAGCUUUACGGUUUAAAUAUCAAGAACAAGCUUGGGCACUUCUAAAAUGUCUGCAGAUUGUAAGGCCUCAUUACUUUUGGCCUUUACUUGUCCAAGAUGGAAAAAAGAGUGGCGAAAAUGGUGUUUUGAAUGUUUUAAAACGUAUAAAAGAACUUAAUAUAAAAGUGGAUAGGGAAACAUUGGAGAAUUACGUCAUGCCCUACUGCGAUUUAUCAAAUAUGAAUUUAUUGAUGCUGAAACUGCAAGAUGCUGGAUUUACUGUGCGAGAAAUUCUCAGUCCUUUAUUAUUAGUUUUACUUAAGUUGAAGAAAACAAAAAAAGCUGCUGAAUUAUGUAGACAUUACAAUGUUGUCAUAUCAGGGGAUGAUUUUCCACAAAUAUUGGCCAAAGCUUGGACUUACACUAAAGACACGAAGUCAAUUUUACCAGUACUAGCUAGAUAUUGUGAAUCUAAUAAUUUAGAAAAAGAUGUGGUAGGAACCUUUUUAAUUCAUGUAGCUAAUAUGUGCAGUUCAAAUGAUGUUGAAUCAUUUUUGAUGCUAGCUAAAGCCAUACAAGAUCAGCGACUUAGACUUACUGUUAAUUCUGGAGACGUAAUAAAGAAAGCUUGUAAAGCAUUAAGUGGUGAUUCUUUGAAAGACUUGGAAAUUGCAAUAAAUGCUUUAGUGGAUUUUAGUUUCAACAUUUCAGAAGAAAUUGCUGUUCCACAUCCUAAAAAUCUAGAUGGUUUGGAGUGCCAUCUAAUUGAAUUACAAGAAAAGAAUAUGCAAACCAGAGGAGUACUAAGAAAAUUAAUCCAGAUGCAUGCUGCUAAAGGAAAUGCGCAACGCGCUAAAGAAUUGAGGAAACAUUUCUUGGAUUCUGGUUAUGAAGAAUCAGCUGGAAUUAAAAGUUCAAUAAUGCACAGUUACAUAUUAGGAGGUCAGUUAGAUGAAGCUAUGGAAUUGUAUAGGGAAGUGAAAAUCAAACAUUCUGAUUUCAAUAUGGAUUCUUUCAAAUUUAUUGAUUUGGUGAAAUUGCUUAUUGAUAAUGAUAGAUUUGACGAAGGUUUUGUUAUAUUGCAGACGGAAAUUAGAAAUCCCAUAACUAUUCGAGACACCAAAGUCAUAGAAAGGAAUUGCAGAGAACUACUAUCUGCUUGUAAAACUGCAGAUCAAAUGGAUAAGAUUUUCAAGUUACUCACAGAAAAUCGGUUGUGUAAAGUUUCUAAUGCAAUGUUAGGACCUUUAAUAAGGAUUCACCUAAAGAGUGCUAAUAUCGAUGAAGCUGUCGCAAAAUAUAUAGAGCUUUCAGAAAAACACAAAUGUACUCCUUUACAAGUUGAACUCUUGCGUGCAGUAGCUAGAACAGAAAAUUCUCUGCAAUUAGAAAAAGUACUGAGAGCAACAGAGGCAGUACAUGGAACAGUAGUAAGCCAAUCUGGAUUAUUUGCUGCUUUAGCAGAAAAUGGACAAGAAAAUGCUCUGAGAAAAACUUUAUUGAUUAAUUCUUCAGUUCAAUUUCAAGGAUUGCUCCACAAAAGAUGUGAAAGAUGGGUCGAUCAACGAAACAUUGUGCCAUUGAUAUCUUUAGCUAAUGCCUGUAGUAGAUUGCCAACAACUUUUAUAAAUUUCGAUUUACUUUAUAAAUGUAUUUUUGAUGUAUAUGAUCUAACCAAUGAUUAUGAAGGUGCCCUAACAUUUUUUGAUGGUAUUCCUGAUGAACUUAAAAGCAUACAACUAGAUGUAAAUCUCCAAAAAAUGCGCGAAAGAAUUAAACAUAAAGCAAAUGCAUAAGUUAAUUUUUUUCAAAUUUAAAUAGACAAAUAAAAUGAAACUAUUUACCAAAGUGAACUGUGAGGUUGUACCACCUAGCGGUUCUAGUUUGGUGUUUAACGUGACAGGCGACCACCUUCCUGUAGGAGUUCAUGUUAUUUCAUGCCUAGGGAAAUAAAUAGAUGUGUGCUAUAGAAGUUCCUGAAAUUUUAAAAUUCUAACACAGACUUUUCAUAAAGUAGAAACCAAAUAUCAUAACAGAUAAUUGAAAAAAAAAAUACAAACAUAUUUAAAUCACAAAUUUCACAUAUUUCUUAUUCUAUCCAUUUAAAUGUUUUCCCAAAUACUUGUUAACAUUAUUUCAGUAAAAGUUAAGUUGAAUUUAACCAGAGAUUAGAUAGAUUUAUUUGGAAUUUUCAAUCAUGGAAUAAAUUCAAAGUUGGUGUCAAAUGAUAGUUUAUGAAAAUAUAAGCUAAGAAUGUGAGAUCGGUUUUCCUCUAUAAUUAACCGUUAAUUAGGCCAAGGCACUUAGCGAAAUAA